AUGGUCUUGCAAACAAUCGGAAAUCCUGUGAUGGGGCGCAUGCGUACUUACGGGCAUAGGUUCUUUCGUCGGUUGGGAAUCCACUGCGCCACACAUCAAAUACGGCUGCUCCUCAUCUCAGCCAUUGUCAUCACGUCCCUGUUAUAUCCUGCACUCGCCAUAUACUCUUCAUCACAACCACGAUUCCUCGCCCAAUUCUCCUCCCAAAUUCUUGACCCGUUUUUGUCUCCCGAAGCUCUAUCCACAUACUAUGCCCAACGCGACAUACGAGACGUCUGGACGGGCCAGGACAACAUCUACGUUCGUGAAGACUCUGUGGCCCGUGCUCGCUGCGGCAUGGAGCAGACCAUACGCGUAGAACACGUCCUUAUCCACGGCCAUGGCACGACAGAUGAAACGGGAGCGCUUAACCAUCAGACCCUCCUAUCUACUCUUGCUCUAGAACAACGCAUAUCCAAAGAGCUCGCCUCUCAACGAAUCCCCUGUCUACUUCGCCCAGACGGCCAAUGUCUUGUCAUCAGUCCUUUACAGUUCUGGCAACACAACGAGAAGAAGGUGUUAGCGGACUUUGACAUCCUCGACACCCUCGGCCUUUCCAAGAACGUCUCUAUUGCUGGAUUGUCGGUAUCUCCCCACAUGGUGACCGCAGGACGAGAAAUACGCGAAUAUCCGGCGAACAAGCUUGAUUUUGCUAUGUUCUUGGUUCUGACCUAUUUCUUCCCCGAGACAAACUGCCUUGACCACUCAGGCCACGACCGUUGGGGACGCUUACUACGAGACGUAGCAAAGGAUCACGGCGAGCCGAUCAUUGAAAAGUCAGGGCCGAAGCUGAUCGCACUCGAGUACAAGACUCGUUUGUCAUCGUUUCCUCGGCUGACGGUGCUCUCGGGCUUUUUAUACACCGCGUACUUUGUCUUUUUCAUCUUGUUCAGUUUGUCCAUGCGCCUGGGCCUACCGGUUCAUAGUGGUCCUGGACUGGUAUUUACGGGUCUUGUGGAACUCGGAGCGAGUACCGUAACGAGUCUCAGUGUCUGUGCUUUGGCUGGUUUCCGGAUAACGAUGGUUCCUUGGGAGAUAUUCCCCCUCGUCAUCAUAUUCGUGGGGACGGAAAAUAUGUUUAGGCUCGUCGAGGCCGUUGUGGCGACACCGGUCACCUUACCCGUCAAAGAGCGUGUGGCCGAGGGUCUUAGCCGAGCGGGAACCUCAAACACACUCAAGGUCUUGACUUACAACAUCAUCCUCGGCGUCAUCGCCUUUUUCUCCCAGGGAACCAUCCGUCAGUUCUGCGCCUUCGCCGUCGUCGUUUUGGUGGCACACUGGUUCCUGGUCCAUACAUUGUUUGUCACCGUCGUGUCCAUUGACCUGCAGCGAUUAGAGCUCGAGGAGCUUCUACAGCAGAAUACCAGUAUAAGCACUGGGUUGAAGACAGAUCCUCCUCCGAAGCAACCCAAAACGCGACACGAAUCGAGAUGGGACCGCUUGACAUCUUCUCUUUGGAUGUCACUGGUACAUGGUCGUGCGACGAAGAAUGUCAGCUUGGUGAUGCUGCUCGCUACAACGGGCAUACUUUAUUUCGCGACAUAUCCUGCAGGUCAGCCUGCAGAGGAUCUACGGACGCCAUUAACCCGUAAUGCAAUCAGCAUGCGCAAUAAAAGCGCGAUCAGCGCGCUCGAGCAGAGACAAACACCGAGUUGGCAGGUUUGGCAUACCCUCAACCAGGCCGACGACCCCCUCCUUCACCUACGGAUCGAAUCACCCUCGAUAAUUAUGCUCUUCCCUCCCGACAUGACUUCAGCGCCACCGAACCAAUCUCGACCGUCUUUCACCUACCGCUCUCAAUUCCAACAAUCUCGCAUCAUCCGUACCUUGGUUUGGUUACUCCGAAUAGUGGUUCUGCCCAUCACGCUCACGGUGUUAUUAUUAUACACCCUUUUGCUCUACCUGCUGAAAGACACCGACCGUCUUGAGGCUCAACGACAUCGUGCGGAGCCGAGCGCUCAACAGAAAGCAGCGGACAGCUCACUCGAUGAUUUAAUUUCCUUCGCCACUCUUCCUAGGGCGAUGUCCUCAGACGUCGAGCUACUCGCCGGAAGCAGGGACGGUCGCCUCAUUGCGUCAGUCGGUCUGGAGAAUGAAGUCGUCCUGUGGUCGAAGGACUGCCCAACUCACACCACCAUCGACGCCUCCGACGUUCUCCUCAAGAGUGCCAGCACCUCAUCCGCCGAAUCGGCCAUUACCGCUCUCGCGGUGAACGAUUUUGGAACGUUCUGCGCAGUGGGAACCGGUGCCGGCGUUAUAGCUCUAUGGGCGCUGGACUCCGGUACUGUUAGACGCACACUUCCGCAUCUCGUACUGCAGAAUACGUCUUCCUCCAUUGUCGAUCUGCAUUUCCUCAACACGAUGCCUUCUGGAGUUAUCACGCCGGGACGUAUGGGCUCUCUACUCCCGCCAGAGACGCCCGCCACCAUCGUGGCCUCAUACGCAAAUGGGAUUGUGGUGAGAUGGGAUACCAGCGCACCGUCGAGUCCUCAGAUUAUCAGCCCCUCGUGGUCUGGCGGCUUGGUCUCGACAAUAGCGCUCAUGCCGCUCUCAAGUACGGAUCGUUUAUUGGCCGCGUUCGCGAUGGAGGAUGGAGCACUUGAAUUGGCCGAAAUCACCAUGGGCGAUCCAUUACUACCUACAAACUGCCGCCUAAAACCAGGGAAUCCCUCCGACCCGGUUGUUCAAGUGUUCGCCAGCUGCAUCGACAUUUGUGGCGGACGACAGGUUAUUCUGGCUGCCGCCACCCAGGCCGGGGUUGUCACACUUUGGGACGCGACUACAUGCGAGUGCAUUGCCAUGCUCGACGAUAUCUUUGGCCAGAUCAACCACAUUCGAUUGUGUCCGAUUUACCAGAAGACGUGCCCACACUGUGGCGAACUACCUGUGGACAGCUUCUCCCUUUCACUCUCGGUCGGCCAUACCGUGCUCUUCUAUCGCAUCUACACAGCCACGGACGCGAGAAAAUGCUCGUGCACGCACAAUCAACCUCCAUUGCAAAAUUCGUCGUGGAGUGCCAGUCUUGGCAGACGGUCACGGACGGCGAGUUUCGCGUCCGCGAAGGGGACGCCCUCAAGAUCGAGACACUCUUCCCUCUCAGACGGGAAAGCGAACGGAGGGCUUGCAUAUCCGAUAUCAGGACACGGCAUACUUUCACGGCGAGCGCCGGACAAGGAUAUACUCAAGAGGGGUCUGGAUACGCUUCCUAUCACUUUGGACGUGGAGGAGCAUGAGCUGCCAGUGCUGGGGCCGAUGGAUAUGCCGUCGCCGGGCGGUGGUAUGCUGCUAUCGGGCGGAAGCGGUGGUGGUCCUUGUCCUUCGUCGGCACACUGGAGGAAUAUGGUGGUUGUGAGGGUGGCGACUCGGACAUUCGAGAGAGGGCGUUGGGAUGUAGUCGAUGAUCGGAUACUGGGUGUGCGGCGAAGAUCAAGAUCGUCUAGGGAAAAUAAUACUGGUGGUACGGGGAAGAUGAAUUUCCGGCAGGACUAUGCGAGUGGACUCAGUGCGAGUGCAUUGGAGCGGUGGGAGGUGUGGACGUUCGAUCCCUCAACCUCGAAGUUUAGCGCUUCCCUGCUAGCCGGGCUACAAAGCUCACUGGGACGGGAUCGGCGGGAGAUAGGGCUGAGCCGACGUUCGCCGCCCUCGACGGUGUCCAGCCGACGCUCAUCUGUCUCCUCAGAUCGGUUCGGUUGGAGUGGAGUCGCAACAGUGGCCAUUCCUCGACUGCCGUUUACGAGGGUGAGUGCCUUCGCCGGAGGUUACAUGUAUUGUCUUGCUGGGUUCGGGAACACGGUGGGUGUGCUAGGCGUGGCGCCGUCGAAGCAUCUCGACCGUAAUCUUUCGGCCAGGUUGACGAGCAGGUUGAGGGAGCUUUCUUGA